GUCUGCCCGUCUGUUUCGUCGUCCGCACGGCGAUGCCUGAGACGCUUAUUCUAUCGGACUAUCCGCAUUUUGACGGGUGAUUCAAUAUGGGCACAGCAGACCCACUGGAUCCGUCUCCGCUGAGAGGCUCCUGAAGGCGAACUGGCCUGAUAUUUUAUCUCAUGCCACACUACAUAUUCCGUGCUCGUAUGUGCACCCACAUUCGCAAUCUCUACAAACAAUGUCAAGACGCUAUAUCACGCAACGAACCACGGCGAUAUGACAACAUCAGGCGAUGCGAUUUCAGGAGCGAACUGACUCUAGCCGGCGGAGGCUCAACGGAGUCCGCACGCUCUCCUCCCCUGUGAUCCGUAGGUGCUCAGUCAGCCCAGGAUGACCUCGAACCUCAUCUGCCGCUCGUCAUUCAACUCGAACACAUGGCCUCAAUGAAAACAUGCAGUUGGCCUGCCACCAGCGGACAUCCCACCGAUACACUCCUCCAUCGACGAUCCGCAUCAGACCAGAUUCAUCUGUACGAGCGCGAACCCGUGCCCGAGACAUAUGCGUGGACUGUCCGUACGCAUGAACGUCAACGCGUGCCGGUGGCCCUUGAUCUUCCUCGUACGAAGCAGGAUCUAGCGGUCCUUAACUCAACGAUCCAACCAGAGCCCCCUUACCUCAGGGCCCAACAGUGCGCGGACCAUGUUCACGAACGGGAUUGGGAUGGCGCCGAUCUGGCCUGCGCUGACGGAGAUGAUGUCGACGCUCGGGCACGGAAUUCCGCUCACGCGGGAGAUGGAGAGCGGCGUGACGGCGCAUUGGAUGACCUAGCAAGUACCUUCCGGACGUGAGGGACGGAGACGGCAGGCCACAGCGUGUUCCACGGAUUUGCGGUGCAAUCGCGAAUUCACCGGAUGACCGCGUUGAGGUACGUGAGCACAGGCGCUGGCUGUUCCUGCAUCGAGGCGGCACCUCAUCAAGUGAACGAACUGCUCACGUAGC